AUGUCUUCCGCCCCCGGACAGAAUGUGCUUGGUGAUGGCAAGCACAAUGUCGUUGAACGAUUUCAACAUGUGGAACAUGCCAAAGAGCCUAUUGAAGGAAAUCUAACGUACGAGGAGGAUCAAGAGCCAGAGCUGCAUGCACAGACGUACUUUGCUCUGGCUGCAAUGUUUCUGCUGAAUCUCGUGCAAGUUUUUGGACUGCUCAGUCCCCCGGCUGCGCUUUCAUAUAUUGAAAAGGACCUUAAUAACACUACCGCUGGUACUUGGGUUCCGAAUUCCCUGUCGCUCGUCCAAGCUGUCUUCGCGCCUCUCAUUGCGUCUCUAUCAGAUACAUUCCAGGCCCGAAAGGCAUUUCUGGUUGGACCAUCCAUUAUCUCGUUUAUAGGUUGUGCAAUUGCGCCCGGAUCAACCAGUAUAUAUCGUCUCAUAGCAGCUCAGGUGCUGAUCGGUUUUGGAUUUGCCACUGUUCCGCUGGCUUACUGCGUUCCGAGUGAUAUUUUGCCUAGAAAAUGGAGACCCAGUGAGUUCGACUUGACAUCUUCUCCCAGUGUAAAGGAUCUCAUUGACUUUAAUAAUUCCACAGUGGUCCAAGCCUUUAUCAAUAUUGCUGGAGCCUUCGGGGCUUGCUCGGGGCCUCUGAUAAUUGGUGCGCUGACGAGAUCAAAUCCUCACACUGGUUGGAGGCACUUUUACUGGAUUCAGAUGGCUCUCUGGGGAAUGACAGCGAUUGGGCUUUUCAUUGGAUAUCGGCCCCCUAAAAGACACACUCGAUUUGACCAUCUGUCAUUCUGGCAAAAACUUGGCUGUGUCGAUCUUCCAGGGUUCUUCUUGCUAACUGCGGGACUGUCCAUUUUCCUGACGGGACUCAACCUGGGGGGAGGCCUUUAUACCUGGUCCAGUGCGCCAGUCUUGGCUACUUUGAUCAUAGGAAUACUCGUUUUGAUCGCCUUUGGGAUUUACGAGUGGAGAUUUACCAGGGUUGGAAUUCUACACCACGAUCUCUUUCAUGGGGGAAGAACCGGGGAGAAGGCGGGCUGUACAUUCGCUAUCUGUAUCGGCCUCAUUUUCAUUGAAGGGAUCAUGCUUUUUGCAAUCGUUAUCUUCUACCCAGCUCUGACGAUGGCUUUGUUCGAAACGGACCCAUUUUUGGAGGCGGCUCGGCAAAUUCCUUACUGGAUUGCUUCUGCCAUUGCCACGGUGAUCUACGGCUAUUAUAGUACGAAGUUCCGUACUAUCCGUUCUCCAAUGUUCAUCGGCUUCUUCAUCUUCACCUGCGGCCUCGUUGGGCUGGCUACAGUUCAACCUAGUGGCGAUCUCAACGCCAUGGCAUUCAUCGCCCUGGCUGGGGUAGGGUUCGGUGCCCCGUUGAUCUUGGUAAUUGCUGGGGUUCAGCUCUCAACACCACAUCAUCUAAUCGCAACCGCAACGGCAGCCACGACUUGCUCUCGGGCCAUCGCUGCAACUGUCUUCACGGCUAUAUUUUCGGCCGCAUCUAACGCACGCUUGAAGAUAUAUAUUCCGCAGUAUGUUUCAACCGCGGCGUUACAUGCGGGAUUGCCGAAGUCUUCAAUCGAAGCCUUUGUCAAGGCUCUGUCAUCCGACGAUCGUGCAGCUUUGGAAAGCAUCAAGGGAGUCAAUUCGGAAAUCCUCACGCCGGCAUCAGCGCCCUGA